CACAAAUUCAGACAGAGAAUUUCGGUAUGACACGAAUGGUAGAAAGCAAAUUUAAUUCACUUUAUACUCACACACUCAUGAUUUACACCCAAAAAACACACUAAAUCAAAACGGCUAAGACCGCGAAGAAGACCUUUCCCAUGCAGCGCUCAAAGAGUAAAUCUUCUCGAGAUGAUACCUCAACUUCUACCGUGAUUGCAAAGGCGGAAAAUAGUUUUCCGGAUAAAUCAAGAGCGCCAUCGGUGGGCUGGAAUAUCCCAAAUAGGGAUAAUGAAGUACCCAGCUAUCUGACCGAGAUCCACUUGAGUCACAGGCAGAUCACCAAACGAUUCGCGGAGCUACUUAACAUGUUUGAGGACUACACCAAAAUCCUGGAAAUUGAGCGUGAGCAUCAUGUCGGUGCUCCGUUCCGACUGAAAAGAGUCCAGUCGGAGCAGCUUAUCCUGAAGGAAGAAGAUGAAAAUGCAGAGCAUCGAGCAUCGAGUCUCACGCAGAUAUCGGAUUCCACGAUCAAGCCCACCUGCGAGGUGAGCAUUCAGACUUCUUGGAGUGCGGUGGAUCAAAAGCAGGCCGUUGCCAAGGAUUUGGAGGCGAAGCUGGCGGCCGUGGGGAGAAAUGUGGAGCCGGAGGCGAUGAAGCCCAGCAAGAUACAGCAGCACACGAUCCACAUCGAGGUGGAAUCGGUGACAUCGGCCACGGAUAUGCAGAGGCCGCCGCUGCCCCAAAGGAUGUGGAAUGUCCUGGUGCAAGCGGGCGACACAAUUGUCGCCUGUGCCUAUAUGAUCGGCGAGAAUAUCACCUUUGCCCUGUUCAUUGUACUGUGCCUCUGGUGCCUUUACCUGUUGUUGAGCCACUAUUACAGCUUCCUGCAAACGAAUGUCAGUCAGCAGAUCGAUUUGAAACGCAACAUGGUGCGCGGAGCUCAGCCCAAAUUGCAAUAAAAAAAAAGACAAGGUUUCGUUUCGCUCUUAGUUAAAUUAAUGGAAACCCUUUACCGAUUUCGCAAAACAGAA